AUGCACAAUUCUCCGUCCCAGUCCCUCUCCAGCUUCCAGAAGCAGCUGAAGCUGAGGGAUAGAGGGCUCCUGGUGCCCGACCACGUCAUCACACGUGUGAUGGUGACGGAGCUGGAGAAGCGGCGGGAGCAGCACUGGCUGCUCGAUGGUUUCCCUCGGACACUGGGCCAGGCCAAGGCUCUGGAUGGGAUCUGUGAGCUGGACCUGGUGAUCAGCCUGAACAUCCCCUUCGAGACGCUGAAGGAUCGCCUGAGCGCCCGCUGGGUGCACCCCGCCAGCGGCAGGGUCUACAACAUGGACUUCAACCCUCCCCACACACAGGGUGUGGAUGACCUGACAGGAGAGCCCCUGGUGCAGAGGGAGGACGACAAGCCCGAGGCGGUGGCUGCGAGGCUCAGGAAGUACAAAGACGCUGCCAAGCCCGUGAUAGAGCUCUACAAGAGCAGGGGGAUCCUUUACUCCUUCUCUGGCACAGAGACCAACAAGAUCUGGCCCUACGUGUACACCCUGCUGUCCAGCAGGAUCCCACCCAUCCUCUCAGAGGAGGAGCACUAAAGAGCUCGUGCCAAGGACCAGGGUUCCAUCCCAUCGUGGAUUUGGUUCCCAGUGCAGUGCCAGGGCUGUGCUGGGCUCGGGUGAUCAUGAGCUGGGUGAUGUUGGUGGAUACCAGUCACAGCCAGGAUCAAAUCUUGGUUUGGAAGGUCAAGCCUGCUGGAAUAAGGGUUUUUUUCCCUCUUUUGGGGCUAUGGAGUUUUCCUGCCCGUGGUCCAUCCCAGCUUGGUGAUGCUGACCAGGGCACUGGUCACUCCAGGUUUACACAGCUUUGCCAUGGUGUCCUUGCCAUCCCUUUCCAGCCCCAGUCCCUGGCUGAGCCCACAUGUGCCAUCCUGUUGAUCCACAGGACUGUUUACUGCUGAGGACUCUCUAGGCUGAGGUUUGGGGGCUUUUUCUUCCUAUAAAUUAUUUUCUAUUAAAUGUAUUUCUCAGAGAAAUAAAGCCCUAGAAAGCAACACUUAUCCCAGUGGGAAUUUUGGGAGCAAGGUGGAAAACGUGUGUACUACAAAGCUGAGAAGUGUGGGGCUCACAUUUCCAGCAUUAACACAUGUCAAAGAGGCAAAAGAAUUGGAGGUGAAAAACUCCCUGUGCCCUUUCCAUAGGGAGAGCUGAAUUCCCUGUUAGAAAAAGCUGCUGUGCAGGUUUUAUGGAAUCUGUGAGACUGAGCAGGAUCUGGGCUGGGAGUGAGUUGCACUCCUUUGUGCUUUCCUGGUUUAUAGCUUUUAAUACUACAAGAUAGAGAUGUCCUGAGAGUUUCUCCCCAAGAUUUAUCUCCACGUGUGCUACAGUUUUGGGGAGAAUUCAGCUCAUUCCAUCUUCUGUGCUGCCUUUGUCCCCAAGGUCCCCUGGCCUGGGGGUCCCUUCAGCUGUUCCUGCUGCAUUUCCCAGAGAAGUGACUCCCUCCCCAUGAAAUCCCAGAGAUCUUUCCUUCCUUGGGAUGCACCCAGGGCCAUGCCCAGGUGCUUCCCCAUGAUUUACAGCAUCCUUGGAUUGUGUUGGGGCUGGGCUUUUCUCAACUGGAACUACUGUCACCCUCUUUUUGUAGGAUGCAGUACCCA